AUGAUAGCACCGCCAACGCGGCGACCUCUCCGAAAAGUUGAUGAUUUCUUCGAGCUUGAUUGUUUCCAGCUUAUAGUGCUACUAUUCAAUGAAUUCCUCAUAUAUACUAUGCUCUCUAAUAUGGUUUUCAAUAUCUUCGGGAUAUCCAAAGCCGAGCUUAGAGGAUGUGAUGAUGAGAUCUUCAAUGGUACUAUUGCUGAACGAUGUAAUUACUUCUUGAAUACAAACUGUACUAAGCCAAUCGUUCACUAUGAAUUCCAAUCAACUGUCGCUGAGUUUGAAUUGUACUGUCCAGCGAGACAAGAGACGUAUUUGGGGAGCAUCAUGGCUUCUAUGGGAGUUGUAAACAGAGCUAAAUUCAGUACGACUAUACAGAUGAUUGGAAUUAUUAUCGGCUCGGCAGCAGCCGGACAACUCUCAGAUCUGUAUGGUAGAAAGAAGAUAACACUCUCGUUCCUGAUUUUGAUUUUCGUAACUUCGUUCGUUUCCACCUUCUCCAUCGACAUGGAUUUCUACAUAAUCAUGCGUUUCCUUAUUGGCUUAGCUGGAGGAGGACUUAACACAGUGAGUGGUAUUUACAUUGUGGAAAUGCUGCCAGCUAAUCACCGUAUAUGGCUCUCAACUGUUAUUACCUGGGCUCCGAACUACUUGUUAUUUGCACUAAUAGCUAAGCUGACAGGAACAUGGAGGGGUCUCUCGUUCGUGAAUAGCAUGAUCACACUUGCAGCCGUGUUCAUUUGUGCUUUCCUACUCCCGGAGAGCCCUAAGUUUUUGGUUCAGAAACGAAGAGAACAAGACUUCCUGAAAGCAUUGCUUUAUGUCAAUCGUUUCAAACGCACUCGAAAUCAGUACGCUGAAGAAGAGAUCGAAGCUUUUGUGUUUGCGAAUAAACUUCGUACACAUGAAGAGAAACAGAAGAAGUAUAGCUUCAGACACUUAUACUCUAACAACCAGUUAGCUAUCCGUACUAUGGUUUGUUCUAUUUCGAUGUUCUCUCUGAGUUUUGUUACCUACGGGUUGAUAUUCAAUUUGGAUGUCAUCAAAGGAUCCAUUUACCUCAAUACUGCUUUCUCAGGAAUGUUGCGAUGGAUUGUUGGAGCUACGAUUGCGCUCAGCGAUCACUUUGGUCACAAGUAUGUAGGACGUCGUCGAUUGCAUUAUACAACCAUGUCUGUAAUAGCAACCUGUAUGGCUUUGACGUUCGCAAUUUAUGCGACAGGAAGAGAAAAAGAGUUGGCAACCCUGAUUCAGUGUCUAACCCUCUUUGCUUUCGGUACAACUGGUUCUCUGUUCCUACAAAUUCUUAUCGUUGCCUCUGAACUAUUCCCUACCGGAGUUCGAAACUUAGCAGUGGCUAAUAUUAAUGUCUGCGGUCGAAUAGGAAAUGUCUUCGGUCCUAUGGUGUUCAGUCUACCACCAGUGAUAAGUGGAUUGCCUUAUAUGAUUAUGUCAGCGCUGUGUUUCUUAGAUGUAGGCUUAUUCGCAUUCUUCAUCCCAGAGACGAAAGGCGUUCCAUUACCGAACGAUAUGCCAGCUGGAAGAAAAAAGAAAGAAGAUGUGGCAAUGGUGGAGCUGUUAAAGAAAUGA